CUCAAUCUUCUUUCUGUCUCAGUCAAAAGUCGACGUUUUCCAAUCAGUGCCACUAUCAAGAGAUAACUUUCGGUAGAACCGAGUCAGAUUUAACAGCGAUGUUUCCAGCGUACGACCAUUUGUCGGCUUACGACAGGCACAAGAAGCUUAUAAACGAUUACUUGACGCUACAUGGGAAAUCCAUAUCUUCACUAAAGCGAGACACGUCCCGGGACAAAACUGAUUACGAUGUCAUCAGGGAGAAUCACAAAUUUCUGUGGGAUCAAGACAAAGAUGUGCCAGACACAUGGGGCGCCAGAUUAGCGAAGAAAUACUAUGAUAAAUUAUUCAAGGAAUAUUGUAUAUGUGAUCUUACAUAUUAUAAGUAUAAUAAAGUUGCUCUAAGAUGGAGGACUGAGAAGGAAGUAAUAGUUGGAAAGGGACAGUUUGAAUGUGGGAGCAAAACUUGCAAUGAGAAGGAGGAUUUGCGUUCUUGGGAACUUAAUUUCGGUUAUGUGGAACAUGGAGAGAAGAAAAACGCCUUAGUAAAAUUAAGACUAUGUGUAGAAUGUUCUGUAAAACUCAAUUAUAGUUCACAAAAGCGUGAGGUCAAAGCGAAAAAAUGUUUGAAACGUCUCGGUACGAAUGCCGACAGCAACAAUGACGUGCCUACUACAUCUGGUAAAGUAGAAUCAGAGAACCAGACAGAAAUAGACUCAAGUACAUGUGAAACAGAAACUAACACCGAGAAUACUAUUGCGGAGUCAAAUAUCUGGAAGGAAAAACCAACGGAAGAUAUAGAAAAGACAAGAGAGAAAGAAUUCGAGGAGUACUUGGCAGACUUAUUUAUGUGAAUGCAAUUGAGUCUUUAUAAUGAUUAUAUGAAGUAGAUCUUAUGACAGUGAUAAACCCUCAUUUAAACUAUUGAAAAAACAAAAAAUUGAAUAAACUUGUGUAUAUUCCUCUCUUACGUAUGUAUAAAUUUUAUAUAGAUUGUAGAUUAUUUAUACAUUUCUUACAUCUAAGAUAAAUAUAGAAGAAAAAAGAAAUACGUCUCAUAAUUUAUUCAAAAUAAAAUUAUUUUUACAUGAACUUUCAAUAUGCAUAAAAGCUUCAAGUGAUAUGAGAAAUUCGUUAACUCAUGUAUAUAAUAUACACACUGUAUACGGCUUAUAG